AACAAAAUAAUGCUCGAUGUAAUAGAUUACUUGUAGGCCUUAUCGAGCAGAGAACGCACACGUCCGCUCUCUGGAGUGAUAUAAGAAGCUAAUUGAUGGAUAAAUAGAAGAAAAUGACAGAUUACGCAGAAGAACAGCGAAACGAGCUGGAAGCUAUUGAGUCAAUUUAUCCGGAUUCGUUUACAGUGCUAUCAGAGAUACCCACGAGUUUCACCAUCACGGUGACGUCAGAUGCAGGGAAAAACGAUGAGAUGGUAGAAGUGACCCUGAAGUUUACCUAUGUUGAGAAGUAUCCAGACGAGGCUCCUCUCUGGGAGAUCUUCUCGCAGGAGAACAUGGAGGAUUCAGACACAGAGGAGAUCCUGUCCUUCCUAAAUCAGCAGGCAGAGGAGAACCUUGGAAUGGUGAUGAUCUUCACCCUGGUGAACGCUGUCCAGGAGAAACUCAACGAAAUCGUUGACCAGAUAAAGCACAGACGGGAAGAGGAGCAGUCACGGAAGGAUGCGGAGGCGGAGGAGGCUGAGAAGGUGGCCUUCCAAGGCACGGUGGUCACCAUCGAGAACUUUCUGGCAUGGAAAGCCAGGUUUGAGUUGGAGAUGAAUGAACUCAAGAAGAAACGUCAGAAGGAAGAGGAACAGAUAGGGAAGAUCAAACUCACAGGGAAAAAGCUCUUUGAGACAGACCACAAUCUUGACACAUCGGAUAUACAGUUCCUUGAAGAUUCUGGGAACAACGUUGAGGUGGACGAGUCACUCUUCCAGGACAUUGAUGAUUUGGAUCUGGAUGAGGACGACCCUGACUUUAACCCCUUGGAACUCGGCAGUGAUGAAGACUAACCCAGGAAGCAACUGAGACAUGUGACCCUGCCCCCAGACCUUCCCAUGUUUUCUUUCCCCCAACAUGAACUUUUAACAAUAAGUGCGUUCGACUUCAUGCAGCGCCGGCGUCGCCUGCAGCCAUCUGCAGCCCGGCUGACUUGAAGCAGCCAAUAGCAUUCUCAGCUUCAAGGCAGCCGGCUGCAGCCGGAUGUUGGCACCGCUGGCACUGCAUGAAGUCCAACACACAUAUUGGUUGGCCGCACAUCUUCAAUUCAGUUCAAAGGGCAUUCAUAUAGCUCUUUAUUAUAGUUUCAAUCGUGAUGUCAUUAAAUCCAACAAAUUUGUGUU